GGGAUGUUUUGCUAACGCUUAGCAUCGGAAGCUAACGGUGUGUCUCGGCUCUCGGACGGGCGCAUCUCGGUUUCCCCGGUGACCCGCGCGUGCGUGUGGAUCGUGACACGCUCGUGUCGACACGGAGACAUGAACGGGAGCACCAACCCGCUGCUGGACAAGGAGGAGCACGUGCUGAAGCUCGGGGAAAGUUUCGAGAAGAGGCCGAAGUCCUCGUUCCACACCAUCAGAUACGACUUCAAACCAGCGUCGAUCGACACGAGCUGCGAGGGGGAGCUGCAGGUCGGGAAAGGAGAUGAGGUCACCAUCACGUUACCGCACAUUCCGGGCUCCACGCCGCCCAUGACGGUUUUCAAAGGGAACAAGCGGCCGUACCAGAAGGACUGCGUGCUCAUCAUCAACCACGACACCGGGGAGUUCGUCCUGGAGAAGCUGAGCAGCAGCAUCCAGGUCAAGAAGACCAGGGCCGAGGGCAGCAGUAAGAUCCAGGCCCGGAUCGAGCAGCAGUCGGUCCGGUCCACUCAGCCCAGCUCUCAGUUCCGAGCCCCCACGAAGCCGGGGGCCGGGGCCAAGACGUCUCCGUCCCCCUCGAAGGACAACCCCUCCCCUGAGCCUCAGCUCGAUGACAUCAAAAGAGAGCUGCGGGCCGAGGUGGACGUGAUCGAGCAGAUGAGCAGCAGCGGCAGCAGCUCCUCGGACUCGGCGAGCGCGUCGGGCAGCGGAGACGACAGCAGCAGCGACGCUGAGGCCGACGCCCCUCGACCGCUGAGCCAGACCUCGCCCAGCCGCCCCCUGGUGGCCAACGGGGGGGCGGAGCGGCAGCAGGGCAGCAACCAGCUCAUGAACACGCUCAGAAACGACCUCCAGCUCAGCGAGUCGGGCAGCGACAGUGAAGACGACUGAACGCUGGUCGCUCUGUCGCUCUGUGCACACUCCUCCUCCACACUCCUCCUCCUGCUCCUCCUCCUCCUCCACACUCCUCCUCCUCCUGCUCCUCCUCCUCCUGGUUCACUUGUUCCUUUGCUGUGGUAGCUGACCUAAGCCGUAUAUCUUGUUUUUUCAAACUUUAUUUUAGUAAAUCCUCGACGCCGGUCAGCCUAGAACUUUAAGAGUGUAUUUUUAUUAGAUGUAUAUUUUGUCUUGUAAAGCUAAAACGUUAGAAAAAGAAACUUUUACUGGAGAGAUGUGGAAGAUUAUAUAUUAGAGUGCACAUACAUAUUUUCUGUACUUGGAGCAGCUACUUUUAUCUCUUGUAUCUUUGGGUUUUGUCUUCUUGGUGAAACGAGGAGGAGCCUGACUGGGAGAAUCAUCUCUGACUCUCACAUCAUUCAUCAGAAGGUCGUGGGAAUCAUUUCACUUUGAGAAUGAGGAAAACAAAUUAUCUAAAUAUCAUCUGUUAAUGUUGUAAAUGUUGAGAUGAGCGUUUCUUUACUUUCUGCUCAUUUUAAAAACUAAUUUAAAAAUCCAAACCAACCUAAUAUCAGAUGACAUUCAUCAGAGGAAAACAGCUGCUGGUUGUUUUUACUUAUUGUCAAUGAAUCCUAUGAAAAGACCAAAAACAUCAGUGUCCCAGUGCUUUUCCUCAUCUCCACACAGAACCCAGUAGAACCAGUAACUGCAUCAGAGCAAAGAUUUCACCAGUCACAGCCCAGUUCAUGGAACGUGCAACAUUUUAAAUAGGACUUGAUCUGGAAACAGAAAAACAAAUUUCCUCCAAAGAACUUUUAAUUUCACUUUACACGAAACCACGACUCUUCAUUUUAUCGUUUGUCGUUUUGUGUUAUUUUAUUCAAACACAGAAACAAGUUGUUCAUCCAGAAUCCUUCUAUCCACCGUGAAUGUGUCACGUCCUGAAGAAGCCAAAGAGUUGAGCUCGUGCACACGUCAUCACGUGCACGGAGCCGGACCGGCUGAGCAGUGUAACAGAAUUUGUGUCGUUGUGUAAUUGUUCUAUCAGAGUUUGUGUUGUUGUGCUUUGACGAAGUGAAGUCAGUGAAGUCUGCAGCUGGACGUCGUUCAGUGUCGCUCAGAAACACGGCUGAAGAGUUUCAUCACAAAAACACGUUAACACUGAAUCAUGAGCUUCUUUAAGAACUGGAACUGAGGAACAGACAAAUUCUACUUGCGUUGUAUUUGUGUGUUUGUGUGUUUGUCAGUUUGCAGGAUUACAUGAAAACUGCUGGACUCAUGUUUAGUCACCUGCAGGAGAAGGAGAAACAAUCUCCAGAUUCACACUGAAGCUUAAAUCUCAUUUUAAUCAAGCUGCUUUUUCCAAGUUAAAAGUUGCAUCGUGUUGCGUUACUGUUAAAACUCAAUCACACAAACACAAGACGUGAGUCUGUUGAAACCUCAGACUCAGGAUUUAUUGUUUUAAAGAUUUAUUUGAGUUUAAAAUGAGAAGUGACAAAAGUUUCAGUCUCAAAUAAAAGUUGUUUAAUUUCUUCCUCCUCUGAUCGGCCACCGGGGUUUUCACCUUCACUUCAAAACCUUUAAAACAUUUGCUGGCAAUGAAAUGAAAUGGAUUAAAAAAAUAGAGUUUUGUUUGAAUAAACCCUUUUUAACCAAA